AUUCAGUCCGCCGGGGAAAUUCACACGAAGAAGAAGAAGAAGAAGGAGAAGGAGCAGAAGAAGUUGGUUGUCAGUCUGAGAGUAAAUAACCGUCAACUGGUCGCUGGCUGGAGAUUUCACGUUUAUCCGUGAAGGAAAAGACGUUGCAUUCGUGGUGAAUGAAUCUCUUGGGACGGUUUAAUUCCUCCGGUUAGGGGUGUUUUACAACUAUCGGUAUGUUCGGGAAGAAGAAGAGGGCUCCUUUGCCGAAGGGCCAGGGCGCAGCUGCAGCCAAACAGAUGGGUUUGUUUGUGGACUUCAACCCAGAGGAGAUGACGCAGGACAUGGAUGAUCCGACCGUGGAUGAUGCUGAUCUAGAAGCAGAGUUAUCAGCUCUCACUGGGGGCAAGCCUGCUGGAGGGAGACUACAGCAGAAAGCCCCCUUACCUAUGGAGAAUAUAGCCAGAAUGGCAGAGGAGUGUAUGAAGGAUAUAUACGAUGAUGAUGAUGAUGAUGAUAACCUGGAAGAUGAUGAAGAUUUACUGGCUGAGCUGCAGGAAGUGGUGGGUGACGAGGAAACGGAGGAUCAUGUGACACCCACCUCCACGGAAGAGCCUCCGCAAUCACCACCCCAGUUGGCUCCUCCUGCGGUACCCGGCAGUCUGCAGCACACCUUGGAGGAGAGACUGAGGAUGUACCGGACAGCUGUCGCUCACGCCAAGGCCUCAGGGGAAUCGUCUAAAGCUCGGAGAUACGACAGAGGGAUCCAGAGCCUGGAGUCCAUGCUGGUCUCAUUGAAGAAGGGGAGGAAGGUGGAUGAGGCUGACAUCCCCCCACCUGUAGCCGGUGGAGCCCCAACCUCCACCGCCCCCCCACGACGUGCUCCUCCCCCUCCACCCUCUGGUCUUGAACCUGAACCGACACCUCCACAACAGCAGGGGGAGCCAGAGGCUGCUGCUCCUGCUGAAAUGUUACCCAUACCUGCUUCACCUGAGGCAGUAUCACCCAGCAGUGAGGAGGAGCUGUCUAUCUCCACCCUGGCCACUGUCAGCAGCCAUCCUAGCACUGAGGGAGAGGAAGAGACUGGACAGGCCAGCACAGUAGGCGAGGCUACGAAGGUGAUGCUGUUAGGCAGACAGAGAGAGUAUAAAGUGGCAGCUCUGAAAGCCAAGCAGCAAGGAGACAUGGAACAAGUCAAACUCUACUUCAGGACCAGCAAGAGGUUUGACGCGGUGAUCGAAGCGUUGGAGAAGGGGCAGGAGGUGGACCUGAGUUGCCUGCCACCCUCACUAUCCUCGGGGGUCAUCUCAGCCUUAUCUGGCCCAGAAAAAGAACCCGGUCCUGGACAGGCGUCAAGCCCCAAUCCCCCUGCCUCCACACCUCCAGCCCCCUCUGCUGUCCCGGCCCAACCUAAAGACGUCCUGGAGGCCCUGGAGCAGCGGAGAGACCGGUAUCAGGAGGCCUGCGCCCAGGCCAAAGCCAGCGGAGACGACCGCAAGGCCCGCAUGCACGAGCGCAUCGCCAAGCAAUACCAGAGUGCCAUCCGCACCCACAAAGCAGGACGAGCUGUCAACUAUGCUGAGCUGCCUGUCCCCCCAGGGUUUCCUCCAAUCCCUGGCCAGGAGGGGGGGGCGGGAGCUGAGCAGGGAUUCGCUGCCGUGCUGGAGGCAGCCAGUAAGCUGGCAUCUGAGGAAACCAUAGUGACAGGAGAGGAGGAAGGAGAGAAUGAGGAGAGCAAGCCUCCUGUUCCUGAGAAGUUAAAGAAGCCCAUGUUGGCUGUUCCUCCCACGACCCAGAGGCCCAAGAGGAGCACCUCUCCCUCUGCAGACAGGACCCACCAGAGAGAGAGCCUGUCUGCUACAGCGCUACAGCAGUUGGACUUUGUGGAGGGACGCAGGCAGCAGUACGUGAAGGCAGCGUUGCAGGCCAAACAGAAGAACGACAUGGACGCAGCCAGAACCCUGCUCCGUACCGCCAAGGGACUGGAGCCGCUCAUCGACGCCGUCAAGGCAGGCAAACACGUCGACAUCAGCAAGGUGCCGUCGCCCCCUGGUGACGAGGAUGAGGACUUCAUCCUGGUUCAUCACAGUGAAGUCCAGAUCUCAGAGAAGGCAGAUGAGGUCUACACUCAACUGGCCAAGAUGCUCAAGGAACAGUACGAGAAGUGCAUGACUUAUUCCAAGCAGUUCACUCAUCUGGGUAACAUCGCUGAGACCACCAAGUUUGAGAAGAUGGCAGAGAGUUGUAAGAAGAGUCUGGAGAUGUUGAAGCUGUCCCAGUCGAAGAGACUGGACCCUCCUAAACAUCACUUUGAGGAGAGGACAUACCACACAGUCAGGAUCUUCCCAGAGCUCAGUAGUACAGAGAUGGUGGUGGUGGUCGUCAGAGGGAUGAAUCUGCCUGCUCCUUCAGGUAUAGCUACCAAUGAUCUGGAUGCCUAUGUCAAGUUUGACUUCCCCUAUCCCAGUACGGAACAACCACAGAAACACAGAACGGCCGUGGUCAAGAACACCAACUCCCCAGAGUUCAACCAGGGCUUCACUCUGAACAUCAACCGGAACCACAGAGGCUUCAGGAGAGUGGUCCAAUCGAAAGGACUCAAACUGGAACUGCUGCACAAAGGGGGUUUCCUGCGGAGCGACAAGCCUAUCGGGACGGCCCACAUCAAACUGGAGAAACUGGAGACCGAGAGUGAAGUACGAGAGAUAGUGGAGGUGAUCGAUGGCCGUAAGCCUACCGGAGGACGUGUGGAGGUCAGGGUUCGCCUGAGAGAGCCUCUGAGUGGACAGGACCUUCAGACAACCACAGAACGCUGGUUAGUUCUGGACCAGUCACAGGUUCUUCUCUAACUGCUGCUCAGCUGGGGACAACUAGGAACACUUUAAAAAGAUGAUAAACGCUCCCGUUGUCCUCUGAUGAAGAUUAUGACGGGAUGAUGAUGAAGAGGAGGAUGUUGUCGUGGCUGGCCUGUUCUAGUCUUCCAGGGUUCUGGCAGUCCGACACAGUCAACACGGGUCUUUUAGCUUGUAAACAUUUUGCACACAAUGGAGCUUCUCUUCUCUCUGGGGGGGGGAGAGGAGAAAUGGGCUCCAUGUUUAGCUAACCUUAAGAUAACAUUGGCUGGGAUUCAAAAGGAGCCUUUUACAGGUCAUCGUUUCCCCCCCCCCUUGAGCUGAUUUCUGAGUCCUAGUUCAAUACCCUGCUGAUUUUGAAAGACAGCGACGUAGUUAGCCUCUCUCUAAUAUAUUAUUCACCUAUUGCACUUAUUCUACCAAAGUAAUCACUGUUGCUGUACGAUGCUGCAUAUUUCAAUAGCCUUGAAAAUCUGUUAAUGAUCACAAUAACAAUGUGCGAUAAGAACUUGCAUCGCUCAAAAAGUAAUUCUUUGCUACAUUGUUGGGGGUUGUUCCCAGGACUGUUUUUGUUUCUAGUCACUGGAACAGUUAUAGGCCAGGAUUCAAACCUGAUUAAGAUCCCCCCCCCCUGUUUUAUAGCAGCUUGACAUUUCUUUUUGAAAGGGAAUGCGAUCUCUACAUAUGUGGUAACAUUGCCCUUUUUAAAAAAACAUUUAAAGCUGCAUUGUCGACUAGAGCGUAGGGGGGGGGGGUUGAAUCCCGGCUCUAAUACCAGAACGGGAUAAUGUUAGCGCUCGCACCACAGGUGGACAUGACUGAAUUUACAGAUGUCUAGGCUACCACUGCUACUGGAUGUUCAAAGGCAAAGUGGUCAACUGACAUAAGCAUGUCAUAGGUACGCUAAGGUGUCAUAAGGCUACAUGGCUCUUGUGACCGUGUCACUUUUGAGGUGGAUAGUAUAGAUCUGAUCUUGACCCUCUGUUCCCUAUGGGGCCCUGGUCAAAACUAGUGCACUAAAUCGGGAUUAUGGUGCUGUUUGAGAAAUGUCUUAUGUUGGGGUUGUUUCGUGUUUUAAACUGAAGAGACUCAUAAGUUUACACUUUAUAGCUGUGAUCCUCCGUACAUAGAAAUUAUCUGUUGGGUUCAGCUGAGCUUUUAGCCAAGAACAUUUUUUUUUUUUGUCUGCGUGUAAAUCAGUGGUAAUUUAAAAAUGCUUAACAGCAAAGCCAUUAUGGUUACACGGACACUGAUGCUUUACAAUGGAGAAACUUUGGAAAUUAUUUUUCGGGGGGGUGUUCAGGACAGUGUUUUGGUAACUGUCCCACUGUCUGAGCCAAUUAUAUCCACCCAUUCUCUACUGAUAGCCAAUUAUAUCCACCCA